UACUCCCUCCUCCCGCCCCCUGCACACCUUGGGCCACCUGGCGGGUGCACCUGCCGGCGCACGACCUCACAGGCCCCAAGACUUCCUUUCCCGACGCCGCCGGAGGACCUGAACCGUUUCCCCUCGCGCUGCCCGGCAGGAAGGGGCGGGCACUGCCAGCAGGCUGUGCUGUAGCCCCACGUUGCCAUAGCGACCCCGGCCGGGCCGGGGACGCCGGAGCGCGCUCUGCUGGCUGCGAUUGAGGCGGAGGCUGCGACACCUCAUCCCGCCCAGGGGCUCCGGAUCCAGGCUCCGCCAGGCAGCACCCUCUGGCCCCGCUGAAGCAGCCAACAUGCCUAUCUUCAAGUGCCCACCCAAGUCACAGCCCCCGUGGAAGGAAUGGGACCAAAAGGCCCAGAAGAAUGGACUGAGACACCAGGUAUAUGCUGUCAAUGGCGACCGCUACGUGGGCGAGUGGAAGGACAACAUGAAACAUGGAAAAGGAACACAGAUCUGGAAGAAGAAAGGGGCCAUCUAUGAAGGGGACUGGAAAUUUGGGAAGCGAGAUGGCUAUGGCACCCUCAGCCUUCCUGACCAAGAGAAAGGAAAGUACCGGAGAAUAUAUUCGGGCUGGUGGAAAGGCGAUAAGAAAUCGGGCUAUGGGAUCCAGUUUUUCGGACCCAAUGAGUAUUACGAAGGUGAGUGGUGUAGCGACCAGCGCAGCGGGUGGGGCCGCAUGUACUACAGCAAUGGUGACAUCUUCGAGGGCCAAUGGUGGAACGACAAGCCGGACGGGGAGGGCAUGCUGCGCCUGAAGAACGGGAACCGCUAUGAGGGCUACUGGCAGGGAGGCUUGAAGAAUGGGCCUGGGCGCUUCUUCCAUCUGGACCACGGUCAGCUAUUUGAAGGCUUCUGGGUGGACAACAUAGCCAAGUGUGGCACAAUGAUUGACUUUGGCCGAGAUGAGGCUCCUGCGCCUACCCAGUUCCCCAUUCCUCAGGUCAAAAUUGUAGACCCUGAUGGUGUCCUGGAGGAAGCCUUGGCCAUGUUCAAGAAGAAAGAGGAGCCCAGUGACACAGGAACCAGGAGGCCACGAAGAGGAAAAACAAGGAGACUGAUGCCAGAGACUACCAGAACUUCAGGAGAAAGUCAAGUCCGCAUCUUCCAACUGCUCAAACCGGUGGAGCUCCCACUGGAGGAGUGAGUGGUGACUCCGGGCACACCCUUGGCAUCCUCAGAGAGCACCUCAUCCUCCCGGCACUG